UCUCCAAGCCCAGCGGUGAUAUACGCUCAUGGUGGCGGUAUGAUCCUGGGCGGUGUAGCGACCUUUGAUAAAGUAGUGGCAGCAUAUGUCGCCGGCACGGGAGUGCCGUUUCUCGCAGUUGAUUAUCGCUUGGCUCCGGAGCAUCCCCAUCCUAACCCCGUCAACGACGUUUAUGCCGCGGUGAACUGGCUAGUCGCGCACUCGAAAGAGCUUGGAGUAGACAACAGCCGCAUUGGUAUUAUGGGGGAUAGCGCUGGUGGCGGAUUGGCUGUAGCAGCGACACUCCUUGCUCGACAGGAAGAUAGACCCCGUCUUGCAAAGCUCAUCUUGCUAUCUCCUAUGCUUGAUGAUCGCACAGUAUCAGCAGACGAGCACUUGACCCCUUUUCUAAGCUGGAACACUACGGACAACGAGACCGGCUGGCAGGCUCUGCUACACUCUAGUGGGGGCAGAGAGAUGAUGACCGAAACAUCCACGCCAGGGCGCAUGGUAAAUGCCGCGAGUAUGCCGCCUCUGUAUAUCGAGGUGGGCGAGUUGGAUCUCUUCAGAAAUGAGUCGAUUGAGCUUGCCACCAAGUUCUACAAGUCGGUAUCUGUGCAGAGCUCCAUGUGUAUCCAGGAUGCCCUCAUGGGUUUGACAUCUUUCUCUCGAGAGGAACUGGCGUAUGCAAAAGGGCAUUUGAGAAUCGAGACCGAGUCAUUAAGAGCAUAUAUCCGGUAG